CUAGCGAUCAUGGACAAAAAGUCAUUUGUCCAACCUUUGUUACAGAAUGAAAUCGCUAGUUUUCACAUUGACUCCUGCUCCCUUUGUCCUAGCUUUCUGUAUAAAAACACCCACCUAACUCGUUCCAUCCACAUCUGAUAUUAUUUCCAAGUGGCAUCACACUCUCCAGCAAUUGUUACUUUCCAUGGUUCGUCAUGUCCAAGCGGUGGUUAGGCCGCCGCCGACGAGGCAUCGCACCGAGUGUCGUUCCGAAGAAGGAAUCGGAUGUGGUUUAAAGUUCCCUCGCAAGUCGAUUGUUGGGCUCUGCGGUCAGUGUAACUUGAUCGAGAGCCUGUACUUGAACGGCGGGGACUCCGACGAUGAUGAGGACAUGGCUCGACAGGACAACUUGAUACGCAAGGUCAGAUUGAAAAAAAGCAGCUCCGGUCCUCUGCUAUGCUUCUCAUCCAGAUACUGUGUUCCAGGUCGAGCAAUGCAAGUCCUGUGGACUUCUCAACUUCUCUGGAGACCCCUUGAAUGCUGAUAAGAAAUGCAAACAGUGUGUCAGUGAUGGUCAGGAAGAAUUCGACCGUAAUCUGAAUCUCUGGGAUUACGAGGAUUUGAAGGCUGCCGACAGGGCGUAUGAAAUCAUCACCCGGGAGCCGGUUCACAAACCAGAGACUCGCAAUGGUAACACUGGAAAGGAUGAGUCGCUGGUCGGGUACGCCGAAUGAAAUUUUCGAAGGCGGUGGUUGUAAAGAUAGUAAAUGUAGAAUUGUUCCAGUGUAUCGAAAAUUUUUGAGUCCUUUUAGCUGGGAGACGAUUCAGCUCCAAGCAAGCGACCAUAUUCCAC